CUGCACGUAAUGUUUUAGGCUGAGGCGCGCUAUAGUUUAUCAAGGUGCCUCUAAAUCGAAAUCCACCAAUGACAGGCGGUGUCAAGGUGUCCCCAAAUACAAACCUACCAAUUGUAGCCUAGGCAGGCACAGACGCAAACAGAGAUGGAUUUCUAGAAUUCACAGAGAAGCACAGUGUACGUUGUCAGUUCUUUCCACUUUUUGGCCAAUAGAAGCCGUUAGUUGAUUGGGCUCGUCUUCUGCCUCUCCCCUCCCUCCUUGAGCUGUCCUCGCCGUGAACGCGCUUGGUACCCCCCGGUCGCGAGGAGGAGGAGGAGGAUGUGGCGCGCGGAGGGGAAAUGGCUGCCGAAAACAAGCCGGAAGGACUGAAGAGAAUACGUAAUCCGGAUCGAAUGUACAGAACAGCCGUGGGAUACACUGGCCACGCUCCUCCCAAGGCUGUCAGCGACGACACGGACAGCAACAGUGAACAUGGACAUUUGAAAAUAUACCUGCCCAAGAAACUACUCGAAUGUCUGCCCAAAUGCUCCUCCCUGCCCAAGGAACGACACCGCUGGAACACCAAUGAGGAGAUCGCAGCCUACCUGAUCACGUUCGAGAAGCAUGAGGAGUGGCUGACCACGUCCCCCAAAACCAGGCCACAGAAUGGGUCCAUGAUUCUGUACAACAGGAAGAAGGUGAAGUACCGAAAGGACGGCUACUGCUGGAAGAAGCGGAAAGAUGGCAAGACGACGCGGGAGGACCACAUGAAGCUGAAGGUGCAGGGUGUGGAGUGCCUGUACGGAUGCUACGUCCACUCCUCCAUCAUCCCCACCUUUCACCGCCGGUGCUACUGGCUACUGCAGAAUCCAGACAUUGUGUUGGUCCACUACCUGAAUGUUCCGGCCAUAGAGGAUUGCGGGAAGCCGUGCGGGCCCAUCUUAUGCUCCAUCAACACCGACAAGAAGGAAUGGGCCAAGUGGACCAAGGAGGAGCUGAUCAGCCAACUCAAGCCCAUGUUUCAUGGCAUCAAGUGGACUUGCAGCAACGGGAACAGCAGCACCGGCUUCUCUGCCGAGCAGCUGGUGCAGCAGAUCCUGGACAGCCACCAGACCAAGCCACCGCCCCGGACUCACAACUGCCUCUGCACAGGCUCCCUGGGUAAGGGACGGAGUGGUGAUGCUGUAGGGGGGUUGCACUGGGGGACCGCCAAAAUAGGUGCUGGGAGCAGUCUGCACCAUAAGUGCAACAGUGCCAAACACCGCAUCAUCUCCCCAAAGGUGGACGCACGCUCAGGCGGGCCGUAUGGAAGCCACAGCGAGGUGCAGAACAGCGAUGUGUCUGAGGGGAAGACUGAGCACAGCCACGGCAAGAAUGGCAGGGGCGGUGACGGGUCCGUGGGUGGAGCGCGGGAGAAACGCAACGGGAAAGUGGCCAAGCCGGCACUGCUGCACCAGAGCAGCACCGAGGUGUCGUCCAGCAACCAGGUGGAGGUGCCGGACACCACCCAGAGCUCCCCUGUGUCCAUCAGCAGCGGGCUGAACAGCGAACCCGACAUGGCCGACAGCCCGGUGGUCGGCGCCAUGGCCCAUGUCACCUCCGUCAUGGGCAGUCUGUCCCAGAGCAGCGUCUUCAUGUCCGAGGUGAGCGCCGACCCCGUCUACAGCAUGUCUCCCACAGGGGGCGCCAACGCGCACCUGCUGGGAGCUGAAACUACCCCUGGGGGAAUGGUGCUGGCCGUGGCCACCGACGGCCACAAGUUUGCCUUUCCUGGUGCAGUGGGCGUGGGCCUGGGAGAAGGAGGCGGGGCGGAUGGGCUCGCCAUGUUGUCAGCUGGAAGUGUCUCCGAGGAGCUGGUCCUCUCCAGCAGCCUGGACAGCUCCACCAUCAAGAUGCCUGAGGCCACCAUGAACUUCGACCCUGACUGCUUCCUGAACAACCCCAAGCAGGGCCAGACGUAUGGCGGCAACGGGCUCAAGUCAGAGAGACACGAAGUGGGCCUGAGUUGUUCACCCACAUUGCCUGACAGUUACGGCUUCAGUGCCUCCCUGGUGAAGAACAUCAAGACUGAGGACAUGUCUUUCGAGCUGCAGCUGGCCAAGGAGAGUGGCUAUCAAGUGGGGGAGGUGGGCAGCGGAGGAGGGGGCAUCUCGGGCUCAAACAGUGCAAACACUCCCCAGAGCUCGUUGGCGCUGACUCCCACCAACUCUCUGCUGCCCACUGGUGGAGGCCUGAGCCCCAGCACCACCUUAGAGCAAAUGGACUUCAGUGCCAUCGAUGCCAAGCAGGAUUACUCCUCCAGUGUUAUGUCAGCCACUGGCUACAGCCAGACGCUGGGCAGCCCUCACCUCCCCCAUCAGAGCCACUCACCCAGCUUCUUCCUGCAGAGUUCCCCCCAGUCAGCCCAGGCCCAAGCCCUUCCCAGCAGCAGCAAUGGGUCUGGGUCCGGACAGGGCUCUCAGGGCCCUGGGACCUACAUGGCUCUGCCUGUGGUGAAGUCAGAUUCCCCAAGCACCAACGGCACCCUCCGGUCCCAACACCAGGGCUCCCAUGGGGGCCAGCAUGUUGUUUCCAAAUGCAAUGGCACAUCACCAACCGAAAGGAAUGGGCCCUCCAAUACCAUGCAGCUACUUCAGUUCCAGAGUCGAUUCUCUGGGUCAGGCACCGAGCCAGGAGAUGUGGGGAGUCUGAAGCAGAACGGAGGCAGUGAUGAGACUGGAGAAGCUUGUGGCCAAGACUCUAGGGCUGCUGAUGGGCUGCUGAAGGCUGGGGAUGGCCUACAGAUGUGUCGCACCAUUGGGACGGAGGCAGGAGGAGCGGAGGGUGUUGACCACUACCUCCAGCCACACGCAGAGGGGAAUGGGGUGGCAGGACCUGGGAACGACGCUGGUACCAUGUGCAACGGGACAGAUGGGACCGGCACAGAGGGGAGUCCCCACUCCCAGCUGCCACUCCUCCAGGGCACGGGGCUGGUGCAGGGCCUCUUCAGCGCCGUCACCUCCCACCAGGGCAACAACAGUGCCAGCGGCGGUGGAGGGGCCAUGGAGAUCAACCUGGAUCACUUCGACGUGUCCUUCGGGAACCAGUUCUCCGACCUCAUCAACGACUUCAUUUCCGUGGAGGGCGGGGCAUCGGGGGGAGGGGCCGGAGGUGGGGGAGGCGGAGUCAGUGUUGGAGCAGGAAGUAAUGAGCUGUACGCACACCAGCUGCUGGCCCACUCCGGAGCAGAGGGGCAGGUAUCAUCUGGGGUGACACCCCAGCAGGCGGGAGAGGAGGGAGGAGGUGGACAACCUGCAGCUAGUUACAGCUCAAGGGAGCUCUGCCUUCAGCCCUGCUGCAGCCCCCAGGCUGGAACGGCUCCCGCCGGGCCAGGGGAGGCUAGCCAGCUGGCCUACAUGCAGGUGGCCGAGGUGGCCUCGGGUGGAGUGGCCCACGGAACCAUGGAGAUCAUCCAAGCCACUGGGCGACUGUUUGUGGUGACCGACUAUUCACCCGAGUGGUCCUACCCCGAGGGUGGGGUAAAGGUGCUUAUCACUGGCCCCUGGCAGGAGGCCAGCAGUGACUACAGCUGCCUGUUUGACCAGAUUACUGUUCCUGCCUCCCUCAUCCAACCCGGCGUGCUCCGCUGCUACUGCCCAGCCCAUGACACCGGCCUCGUGACCCUUCAGGUAGCAGUGAGUGGCCAGAUUAUCUCCAACUCGGUGGUGUUUGAGUACAAGGCCCGGGCCCUGCCUGCUCUGCCCUCCUCGCAGCAUGACUGGCUGUCUCUGGAUGAUAACCAAUUCAGAAUGUCCAUCCUGGAGCGUCUGGAGCAGAUGGAGCACAGGAUGGCCGAGAUGGCCAGCCAGCAGCAGGCCAGUGGAGGAUCGUCUGAGAGCGGAGGAAGUGGUGGAAACAGCAGUGGCAACCAGUCACAGGGCCAGGAUAUUGGAAAGACCCAGGCAGGAAGCUCCUUUGAGGGUCGUGUGGUGGUGGUUUGUGAGAAGAUGAUGAACCGAGCCUGCUGGGCCAAAUCCAAGCAUUUGAUCCACUCCAAGACGUUUCGUGGCAUGACCCUGCUUCACCUGGCUGCAGCACAAGGCUACGCCACACUCAUCCAGACCCUCAUCAAGUGGCGCACAAAGCACGCCGACAGCAUUGAUUUGGAACUGGAGGUGGAUCCUCUGAAUGUGGAUCAUUUCUCCUGUACUCCCCUAAUGUGGGCAUGUGCCCUAGGCCACGUGGAGGCGGCGCUUCUCCUGUACAAGUGGGACCGACGGGCCCUGGCCAUCCCCGACUCUCUGGGCCGCCUGCCGCUGGCCAUUGCCCGAUCACGUGGCCACACCCGCCUGGCCGAAUGCCUGGAGCACCUCCAGAAGGACGAGCACCAGCGGCCGUCCAGCCCCAGCCUGCCCUUCUCCCCCGGGUCGGAGGGAGCGCACACAGAGAGCUGGGUGGAGGUGUGGGGAGGAGAGACCUUGUCAAGCAGUCUGAGGGGAACAGCACACACCAGCAGCUCCAGCUCCACUACCAACCAAGAUCUAAGAAGACCCAGGUCUGAGCCCUCCUGCUAUUAUGUUGGCGAGGCUCAAGGGGACGGCCCGGUCACCAAGAAACACAAGCCUAAUCCUGAGGCUGCCUCUCUAGGCGUGGACCAGCUGACUCAGAGGCCCAAAUCCAGUCCCCCUAAAGCACCCCGAGAGAGUGGGUCCGACAGGGACGUCAGAGAUGGGGGGCAGCCUGGAGCCAGGCAGGGGGGCUCUUCUGGCCGUCUGAGCUGGAAAACAGGAUCAGGCAGAAAGGGGGCUGGGGCCUCUGGAGGCGGCACCCUGGGGAAGGAGAGGCUGGCCAGUCGGCUGAGGAUGCAGGAGGCCUCUGGGACUGGAGAUGUUUCCGAGAUGUUUCUUUCCGGUCAAGAGAACAUGGAAAACACAGAGGACCUUCAGAUGAACAUGAUGACUCUGGCUGAACACAUUAUUGAGGCCACACCUGAACGCAUCAAGAGAGAGAACUUUGUCCCAAAGGACACCACACCCAUCGACAGUGCUGCAGUCAACAGCACAGUGAAUUGGUUGGCCAGUUACCUUGGUGAUGCAGAACGGUUCCCCUACAACAAACUGGCCGGCACCAUCCCUGGGCUGGGCUCCUGCUCGUCCAGCGGAGCCUCGGACCUGGAGGGCUCCCUGGGGAAGCUGGGCCUCCCCUCCCUGGCAGACUGGACAGCCUUCCUCAGCGUCUCUCACAGCAAAGCGGAGGAGGACCUGGCCCAGCUGGCCCUGAGUGACCCGGAGCAGAGGGAGCUGUACGAGGCUGCUCGGCAGGUCCAGAGCACCUUCCGCAAGUAUAAGGGCCAGCCACUCCGCGAACGGCAGGAUGUGGCAGCCGCUGUUAUUCAGCGCUGUUAUAAAAAAUACAAACAGCUGACCUGGAUAGCCUUGAAGUAUGCACUUUAUAAGAAGAUGACGCUGGCCGCCAUCCUGAUUCAAAGCAAGUUCCGCAGCUACCACAAGCAGAAGAAGUUCCAGCAGAGUCGGCGCGCGGCCAUGCUGAUCCAGCAGUACUACCGCAGCUACAAGGAGCUGGGCCGCCCCAACCUCCCCAGCCGUGGCCGCACCUCCGCCCUGGUGCAGCACAAACUCAGAAGCAGUCUGUGGACAAAGAGGCAAGACCAGGCUGCCAGGAAAAUUAUGAGGUUCCUCCUGAGAUGUCGCCACAGCCCCUUGAUGGACCAUAGACUGUUCAAACGGGGCGAGAGAAUUGAGAAAGGCCAAGGAACAUGAGAGCUGCCCGCGGAGCCCUUCCACAGUGUGACAUCUCUCAACACUUCCCUUCGUCCUUUUUGUCCCUCUUUCUACCAGAGAUGAACAUUUUACAACGAGGAAAACAAAGUUCUGUAUACAACAAAAAAAAAAAAAAGGAUACAUGCGAUUACUACUACUUACAGCUGUCUACCACAGCUACAGCAUCUUUUUUUUCUCUUUCUAUUGAGGGGAACUUGAAAAUUCUGUAAAACGGAAGACUCUUCUGGGGAAAUAUAAUAUUCAAUCCAUGGCAUUUUUGCACUCUUCAUAGAUUUUUUUUUCAAAGAGCAAAAAAAGAAAAUCAAGAAACGGACUGAAAAAAACGAAAGGAUUAAAGAAAGGAAUACCGAAUUGAAGACACAUCUGAGGUCAAAGGUGUUUUUUGGUAGCAAGUGUAAGAUAUCUAAUGGAACAUGAGUGUUUUCAGAUGGAAAUGACUUUGCAUAAACAUGCAUAAUCAUGCUGGAACCUGCUUCUGAUAACAUUUUCUAAAAAAAAAGAGGGGAAAAAAUCUAUUUGAAACAAACAAAAAAACACCAUAAACCAAAUGAACUGCCUCAUCUCCUCGAUCAUAUGCAUGCAAUUAUUUUCCAUAGGCUCAGUGUAUGAACUUCACAAAUCUUUGUUUCUGACAAAGCCACCCUCUUGUUCAGUGGAAGGGGGUAGGCUACAGAUGAAUGUAGGAGGGGUCGGAGCAAAGAAUGAGUGGGGUGUGGAGUGCCUGUGUCAAAUUCUGUGUCUUUUUGGGGGGGCGUGGGGUGAUGUUGAGUGGGAGGGGUCAGACAGAAAUGGGGUUAUCCCUUGUUUUUAUUUUUUUUGUGUGUCUGUAUGUGUGUGUGUGUGUGUCCGUGUGUGUGCACUGACUUUUUAACAAAUCCUUUUCUUACUGUCACCUCGCCGCUGGCCUGACUUUGUGAGUCCUGUGUUUGUUGACUUUAACCUAAUGCAUGUGUUUGAGCGACAACAGCUCCUGCAUGCUGAUGUAACAGUUUGUGUUUUUGAGUUCUUAUUUUUUAUAAUGUGGCGUCGUUCUCACACUCCCCGUUGACUGCUACUUCUCUUUCCGACGAUGACCUUUUAGUACAGAUCUUACCAGUGUCAUGGAAAAAUGCCACUGUCAUGGGAAAUGACAUGUCAUGAUUAGUUUUGUAUCUUGCGACUUUGUUUUUGCUCAAAUUUGUACUUUUCAUAUGUUUGUUUUCAUUUCCGAAUAUCUUUGCUCAUGUUAGUUAUUUCUAGAGUUUUCUAGAGGUCAAAUCUUUUUUGUGCCACAAAGCCAAUAUUUUUGCUAGUUGCCAUCUUUGUUGUGCUGUGGUGUGGUAUCAAUAGUUAUCAUUGUUGCUGUCAUUUUAUUUUGAUGAACUCUUGAAAGCCAAAAAAAAGGCUUUUGGGGGAAGGAUCACAUAACAUUGCCUUGACUUCUUAAAGACUUUCCAAAAGGUCCCUACUUAAGCUCUCACUGGAGAUGAAAUAUCCAUAUUUUUGACUACUGAUCGGCCUCUGUACAUAAAGAAUUGAUGUGAGGAUGCAUGGAAAGCCAGAACCUUUAUCUGAAAAGGAUUGUAUUUAAGAAAAUAUAUUAUUUUAUUCACAAAAUGGGGUAAUAACAUGAUAAGAGACAAAAACAAAAAUAUAUUGUAUAGUUUUGUUCGAACGCCCAAGAGGUAUGGUUGUACUGUUUGUACAUAAUGUAAAUAUCUGAUGCAAAGACAGAGCCAUGUGCAUGAGUCCUGACAGACACAAAAUAUGUUUAAAAAAAUGACAUUAGUGACUAUAAUCUGUAAAAUGAACUCCAAUGAUUUCACUGCAACAUGUUCUUUCCUUUUUUUCUUUCUUCGAGGAGCAUUAACUGAAGCAUGCCAUUUCUGCAGAAUAAGGAAAAAAGAAACAAUUUAGAGUUAGGGGAAGGCAAAUGAAUCCUACCAGAAGUGAUUUAUUUCCUUGUUUAUCUGUUUUGAGCUACCACAUAUAUUGAACCAUUUUUAUUUGCCAAUGGUGCCCAGCAAUGUGAAUACUCUAUAGAUAAACAGGAGAUUAUUUAAUCUUUAUGCUCAAUAACAAAUUAUCACAAGAAUACAAGACUUUAAAUCACGAUACCUCAUCCUGAUGCCUCAUUUUCACCAUCAUGUUGAAAGAUCUUAAUGAUUUACCUAAGAAAGAAAGCACUCAAGGUUCUCCCCACUGGCAGUAAGAGCAAUCAGUCAACAUAUAAGACCUCCCUGUCCCACAGUUAAUGCUGAACAUGAAAGAUGUCGCUCUGAGCAUCUUUAACUAGUGUAACAUUGUGCAACUCAAAAGCGAGGAAAAUGGGGUGCUGUAAUAUGUUUUGGUGCUAGAAUAUGAGGACUGUCCAUUAGGGAGACAUCACUGCUGAAUAUGAGGACUGUCCAUUAGGGAGACAUCACUGCUGAAUAUGAGGACUGUCCAUUAGGGAGACAUCAGACAACAGAAGCCAAGAUGAAAUCAUCACUGAGCAGAAUGUAGUGAAAAUGCACCGCAAAAUUAAAUGGAACUUAAGGUUUGAUUUCAUUCACUUGAUAUGAAUGUCUGUCCCCAAUAAACUGGUUUUAUUUCCAGGAUUUUUUUUGUAUUCAAUCAUAUAUAUUGAUUUAUCCCCAAACCCCUUUCCUGCAAACCAUCACAAGGCAGUGGUCCAUCACUUUUGUUUGGAAUACAUUGAGAAUGGGCUUGAUGUAGCUGGGCAUGUCAGAAGGAUUGGACUGCAGUCAAUUCCGAUUGGAUAGGAAAGGAUUUGGGGCUCUGUGUUGAAGCCUUCAACAUGAGCCAGAACGAGAGCGUACAAUUAUAGAGCAGUAGUUUGCCUGCAGAGUAUGAUAACACUACGGUGAUGACAACUGGAAUGAGAGAAGCUAGAAUUAAGAGUUCCUGAGCUUCGGGGCUGAUUAAAUCUUCAUUAAAUCUCUUAUUCAUUUGUUGCUUUUUAUUUGUCUGGAUUGUAUUUCUCACAUUGGUCUCCUGCUAAACGUUUAGUUUAUAAGUGUCUUAUUGGUUUGCUCUUCAUUUUGUUUUCAACAUAUGUUACUGUGACUUGUUUAUGUAGAAAGUGCCUAAUACUUAAGGACAAGCCAACAUCAGGAUCUUACAUAUUUGUCUGUAGUGGGGUCAGUUUCCUCUUAAGUGUAUAUGGCCAUUAGCCUGGUGUAACCAGACCCACGUUUACCUUGUGAAUAGAUAGGGUCUGGCCACGCCUCAUUGGGGACUGUUUUCAGUCCUUGCAUCCUAAUGAGCGUAGACAGGUUCAUUUUGAAACCAUUGGAUCAGCCUUUAACCAAUCGGCAUUGACCACUGUGGGAUUGCUAUACUUCCUACUUCGUCACUAAUGCUGCAAGCUUAUAUAUUUAGCCGUUUCCCAAACCCUGUUGGCUGUUAAUAAACAAUGCCUUUGCCCUUGAUUAAUACAUUUACACAUUCUUCUUGCUCCAGCUUCAAUUCUUCGAUGUUUGUUAGCAUUGCUACAACUGUUUGUAUCGCUUCGUUUAGCUCUAGCACUGCCACCAAUGUUGUAACUACAUUUCAAACAAAACGCUUUAGUUCAACGUCAUCACACUUAGCCACCCCCAAUGGUCACUGAUCAGAGGCAGAAUGGCCCAGCGAUCAAUCUUGCAAACAGAGAUUCCAAACUAUAAUCACAGCGAAAACUGAGCUAUGAGCAAUAAGCGGGCGAAGCCAGGCUAUAUGGCGAUAUAUAGCAGAGGAAAAUCUUAGACACCAUUGGGAUGAAAAUAAAUUAGAUCUGCUUUUUCAGCCCACAGCUUGAUUUAUUUCUCUCAAAAGCCUGUCUGAAGUAUGACUAGACUUUUCUCUCUUAGAUACAGAUUGCUGCCAGUUUGCCAAGUGCCCAUAAACCUCUUUUCACUCAUGUCACUGCCCUCAAGUCAUGUGGAUUAUGGAGUCACUUGUAUUUCUAGAGAUUCAAUCCCAUUUUCAUUAAUCCUAUCACUGAUUCCAGGAGGCCAUAUCUUAUUAUGUUCUGAAAAUGGUGAAAUCUUUCAGAAACUUGCAGAGAAGAGUCUCUGAUUGACCGUGCAACACUUUGCACCAAACAUAUCUCAUUUUCCCACAAAACCACUCAGGCUACCCAUAGACCUGAGAGAGAGUAUGAGCUUGAUGUCAUGGAACAGGGAUUUAUGUUUGCUUUGCCAGUGCCGAAAUCAGGAGGGCUUGAAAAUUCUUUUCCUGAUUUGGCUCACAGUCAUUUCACUCCCACCCGGGUACCUGGGGUUCAGAUGUUCUUCCAAUUCUGCGACAUGCAUGCGCACCUUCAGGAUUUCACUGGGCAUCGGCCUACACACACACACACACAUACGAAUCCACAUGACCACUGAGACACAUUCACAUCAGGGUUGCUGCUUUUCUCGGCCACACAAUGCCACAUACAAUAGCUCAAGCUAUAGGUCACUCUGUACAGGGCUCCCUUAGAGAUAUGGGCAAGCUUGUGUCUUAUAUUUCACUCAGGGUUUAAGAGGGAGCAGGGUGACGCCUUGAGGAGUACGCUGGGGAGUGCGGGGCUGGGUUCAGUCACUUGCUCCCAGGCAUCAGGGGACGGGCUGGGGCACUGGGAUCACUGGGUGUGGGUGGGCGGAGGAUUGGGAGUGAGAUCAACCACCUCAUAUCACCCAGAAACUUUGAUUUUUUUUUUUAUCACAAAAAUCAAAGUUGAUUGACAUAGGUGGCAGGAGCUGCAGAUAUUGACAACAGUAGUAAGUAAGUAGUGAAGCACUGCCAAAUCUGCACAGGGAUGACAAUGCUCCGAGGUAAACCUCAGUAUUUAUUGAAUAGAUAGAUAGAAUGAUACAAAACUCUUUGGUGUAGUGUUCUCCAUUUAUGGUAUACAUUGUUUUCCAACUUCAUCCCUCUGUCUCGGCUGGCGGAACAUGACACUAGCAGUGCCACGUUCGUUCGUUCAGUUCCCAGGGAACACUGAUGUAUGUACUGAUAAAUGUAUGCAUCCAUUGCACUCUAAGUCACUUUGAGUAAAGGCGUCCUCUAAAUCACUGAACUGUAAAUUUAAAACGUAGGGUGUAAUGAAGGGGUAGCAAGCAUUUUUACCAGACUAUCCUAAUUUUUACCCCUUGUUUAUCCCAAAAUGAUGUGACACAAUUAGAAAUUCAAUCCUAGCCGUUUCUAAAAAAAACACAUCUAAAGUCUAUUAUCGAUUUCAAGUGAUAUAUAUGGCCACUGAUUGUUUUUUCUCUGCAUAUGAACUGACCUCCUCAUUCAGAUGAUCAAGCAGUUUCAGAUGAUGACUAUGUCUGUUCCAUGUAGCUGGACAUGUCAUAGUCUACUGACCUAGAGACCUAGUCACUAUACUGUUUUACUAGAGCUGAAUAAAUGGGGCAGUCAUACUCUAAUAGGCAACUGGAAAAGGCAAAACUCAUUUGAGAGGACAGUGCAUUCUGUUCUUUCUGUUCUGACUCCUGCCCAACUGAACCUCAGAGAAAAAAAGGAAUACAAGCUGGGAUGAAAAAACACCCUCAAAAGCUCAAAGGCUUUUCACAUACAUACAAAGCAAUAAACACUCCCUGUCACUGAAGAGGUGAUCUUUGGGUCUUAGGAGCUGUGAGAGAUAAACGGUUUUGGUGAAAGAAUGCAGAAAAAAAAAUUGUAAGAAUACACUAAGUUCACUUCUUCUUAUGCAAUUACCACAUCAGCAAAGCCAGGUGUUAAGUGGUAUAUGGAGAUGAUUUCAUAUAACCUGACCCCUAAAUGCACGUUUUCAUCAUUUUCAAAUGAAAAGAAAAAUAAAGCUAAGCUACUGACCCUGCUCUUUUAGAAGGCAUUGGGCAAUCAAAACUCUGCAUGCAAAGCUAGUAUUAGACCUAUGUUUCCCCCAUUUAUUUCUCUCAAGUGUCCUCUCUCCUCUCAUGACCGGCUUUCUCCCCUCCCACUGAGUUUUCAUGUUAGGUUUCCCCUUGACUGUCUCUCUCUGUCCCUCUUGUGGAUUUAAUUUCGUUUUUUGUAACUUUGCAUGUAAGAGCAUCACUGAAUCGUUGGAUAUGUUUAAAAGAAAAAAAAAAAAAAAAGAAGAAUAUUCAGCUGCUGAAGCCAUGCAAAACAUUUUGAAUUGCCCUUAAAAUAUGGAAAAUGUUUUCUGAAUGCUUUAUAUAAUUUCUGCUGUAAAAUAAAGUCUUAAAAAUAAGAA